AUGGAAUCUGCGUCUACGAAAAAGGUCUGCUACUAUUAUGACGGUGAUAUUGGAAAUUAUUAUUAUGGUCAAGGACAUCCCAUGAAACCGCAUCGCAUAAGGAUGACCCACAAUCUUCUUCUUAAUUAUGGUUUAUAUAGAAAAAUGGAAGUUUAUAGGCCAUCUAAAGCAUACAGCGAAGAUAUGACAAGAUUCCAUAGUGACGAAUAUGUCAAAUUCUUGAAGAAUGUAAGACCAGACAAUAUGCAUGAAUUUAAUAAACAAAUGCAACGUUUCAAUGUUGGCGAAGAUUGUCCAGUCUUUGAUGGACUUUUCGAAUUUUGCCAGUUAUCAGCUGGUGGUUCUAUUGCUGCAGCCGUGAAACUAAACAAACAGCAAACUGACAUCGCCAUUAACUGGGGCGGCGGUCUCCAUCAUGCAAAGAAAUCUGAGGCGUCAGGAUUCUGCUAUAUCAAUGAUAUUGUAAUAGGGAUUUUAGAACUUCUGAAAUAUCACCAAAGAGUUCUCUAUGUGGAUAUUGAUAUUCAUCAUGGUGAUGGUGUUGAAGAAGCUUUCUAUACUACUGAUAGAGUAAUGACCGUUAGCUUCCACAAGUACGGCGAGUAUUUUCCUGGAACUGGUGAUCUAAAAGAUAUUGGUGCUGGUCGUGGUAAAUAUUACGCUGUCAAUUGUCCACUGAGAGAUGGGAUGGAUGAUGAUUGCUACGAGCGUAUUUUUAAGCCUGUCGUGACGAAAGUUAUGGAAACUUUUCGACCCGGGGCCGUUGUCUUACAGUGUGGUGCUGACUCAUUAUGUGGUGAUCGACUUGGGUGUUUCAAUCUUAGUCUGAAAGGCCACGGAAAAUGCGUCGAAUUCAUCCGCUCAUUUCCUUUACCGCUUCUUCUUGUAGGAGGUGGUGGUUAUACAAUCCGGAAUGUUGCUAGAUGCUGGACUAAUGAAACAUCUAUUGCCCUUGCAACUGAGAUCCCCAAUGAUUUACCCUACAAUGAUUAUUAUGAGUAUUUCGGCCCUGACUUCAAGCUGCAUAUAAGUCCGAGCAAUAUGGCUAAUCAGAAUACUAAUGAAUAUCUUGAGCAUAUAAAAACGAAACUAUUUGAAAAUCUGCGAAUGAUACCUCACUGUCCUAGUGUUCAAAUGCAAGAUAUUCCGGAUGACAUUGUCGAUUUUGACGAAAAUGAUGCUGUUGCAAAAGAUUUAGCUGAUCCAGACAAGAGGAUUUCAAUAAUGGCUGCGGAUAAAGCCAUCAUGCCCAAUAAUGAGUUUUUCGACGAUCCAGAAGAAGGUUCUGGGCUUGGAGGCACCACACUUCGAUCAGGCAAAUCAGCUUCACGAGAUGUUCAAAAUCACCGAGACCAACCAAAACGCGCACGCACGGAUGAAGAUGCCAGUUCAUCCACCACAAAAUCAAACAGUAAAGAAGGAAGUGGGUCUAAAAGGUCAGAUUCUACUAGUGACAAGCGUUCGGAGUCCAAAAGCGAUUUUGUAGAAAAAAUGGAAGUUGAUUUAUCUAAAAAAGCCAACGGUCUAAUAGAACCGGAGCGAGCUGCUAAUUAA